ACGUCAUCUUUUCAUAGUCUUGUUUAUGUCAAAAACGGGCGCACCAGUUUUAUAGUUUGUUCCCUUUGAUCACAUGCUUUUAUUCUUUGAUACCACAACUGAAUGUCAGUACUGUAGUUCGUUCGUUAGAAUGGUUUUCUAAUAACCUGCAUUAACUUUAGUUAGGCAAUCGUUUUUGGAUUAGAAUGGAAGAAAAUAUACCGGAAGCAGUGGUUGAAAGCUUACGUCGAGAAAGGUUAACUGUCCAGAAGAAGACAUUUACCAAAUGGGCAAAUGUUCACCUCCAAAAGUAUGACUUGCACAUCGAUGACUUAUUUCAUGAUAUAGGCGAUGGGUUGAGACUCAUGAAACUGCUGGAAGCUCUGACAGGAGAAAAACUUGGUAAACCAGCUAAAGGCUCAGCAAGGAUUAAUAAGAUCGAAAAUGUCAGUAGAUGUUUGGCUUUCUUACACGCCAAAAAGAUGAGAUUAGAAAAUAUUUCAUCUGAAGACAUUGUCGAUGGGAAACCACAUCUCAUUCUUGGUCUUCUGUGGACAAUUAUUUUACGAUGUGAAAUAUGGCAACAUCAACAGCAAGUUGAAGAUGCAAAUAAUGACAGAACAUUCAUACCUCCACCUAUGAGCCAAACGCAGUACCCAGUACAGAAAAUAGCCAAAGACUCGCUGUUGCUUUGGUGUCAAACUAAAACUGAUGGGUAUCCGAAUGUUAAAGUGAGAGAUUUUCAUAGAAGUUGGCGAGACGGAUUAGCAUUCAAUGCCCUUAUCCAUUCUCAUAUGCCUGCGCUUGUCGACUUCUAUGCUCUGAAACCUCAGGAACAUGUAUACAAUCUGGAGAACGCAUUCAGCGUGGCCUCUAAACAACUUGGUAUUCCACGACUUCUCGAUCCAGAAGAUGUGGACACAGACAAUCCUGACGAAAAAUCUAUUCUAGUUUAUGUCUCCACAUUUUCUAAAGGACUUGCGAAUAUCAAAAAAGGGAUGACUGGAGGCAAACGUAUUGCAAAAGUGUUAGCCAAAAUGAUGGAUAUUGAAGAAUUAAAAAAGGGAUAUGAAAUAGAAGCUGGUGAACUUCUAGACUGGAUUCAGGAAAAAAUUAAGAGCUUUGCAGAAAUGGAGCCUCCGAAGUCUUUUGAAGAUAUCCAACAAGAAAUAUUACGUUUCAAGAAUUACAGAAUACAGGAGAAGCCAGAAAAAAACGAUAUGAAGAACGAAAUUGAAGCUCUGCUGUUUGCUAUUCAAAUGAAAAGACUAGGGAAGUUUGGAUGGUCGCCUCCAGAGGAGAUUUCUCCAGCAGCCAUUGAAAAAGCCUGGGAGAAACUAGAAAGGGCUGAGCACGAGCACGAGUUCAAAAUCCGAAACCAACUGAAAGAGCAAGAGAGAUUGGCAAAUCUCGCCUAUAAAUUCGAAUUGAAGCAUAGGUCAAUGAAAGAAUAUCUAAAAGAAAUGCAGAAAAUAUUAGCAGAUCCUAAUUAUGGAGCCAAUAUAAAGCAAGCUGAUGCUACUUUCAAAAAACAUGAGGCCAUUAAAGCAGGAAUUUUAGCAAGAGAUUUAAGAUUGCAAGCUUUGUUCAAGAUAGCGGAUGUUCUUGUGGAAAAUGAUUACAGGAGAAAAGACGAAAUCCUAGAAUGGAAAAAUGAUAUGGAAAGCAGCUGGAAUUAUGUCCUUCGCUUGCUUGAGGCUUAUGAUGAGCGGUUCUCUCAUUUAAAGCAAGUAAUGACUAGCUUGGAAGAAAUGGAUACGAUUUUGGCGGACAUGAAACAAAUGCAGGCUGAAAUGAAUUCAGAAGCUGAACCCUUAGAUGUCGAAUCCAGUUUGCAAAAACAGGCAGUUAGGGAAGUUCAGAUAGCAUCCUGGGGAGAAGCUAUCCGUCGUUUAGUAUCUAAGAUUGACAAUAACGAGAAAAUGAAAGAUGCUUCAGUCGUUCAGAAGCAAUUGUCUAAACUGCAGCAAGCCCAUGAAAGUUUAAUUGAUAUUUCAAACAUUCGACGAGAUUCUCUUGAGGAACUUCUGAAACGCAAUCAACAACAAGAAAAUAUAGAAGAAAUGAUGGCUUGGGUGAAUGAAAAACAGUUGUACUUAACAGCAGACAUUAACUGCAAAGAUUUGCCGAGCGCUCUACACCUACAAAAAUUGCACAAGGCUGUGGGCAUGGAACUGAAGCUAAGAAAAGAUGUUUCUGGAGACAUAAGAGACAACAGGCUCAGCAAAGCUAUUGCUGAUCUAGAGCAAUUAUGGCAAAAAAGAGGAGACCAAAUUGACCUUACAAUUGAAGUCUAUCAGUAUGAAGCGGAUGCAUGUGAAUGCGAUUCCUGGAUAUCAGAAGAACUUAAAUUAUUGGAAAGUUUAGACUACGGAACUGAUGAACUCACUAGUGAGGCUUUGCUUCGCCGCCAUGUACGAGUAGAAGAUGAAAUAACAGCAUACGCUUCCGAAAUACAACGAUUACGCCAAGAAGCUGAGAAGAUAUGCAGUUCUGCGUCAGAUCAUAUCAAAAGCAGUAGCUCUCGAAUUUCAAUCACUUCCCACCUAAACAAGAAAUUCUCGCCCACUUCCAUAAAAGGUGGUUCAGAAUAUGAAAGGACAGCAAUACAGCAAAUCAGAAGUCAUCAGACCCAAGUCGAGAAGAAUUUUUCCAAGCUUCAGAGCAAGUGCCAGGAGAGAAGAAAACGUCUGCGGCAUUCCACUAUGUAUUUUCGAUUCAAAGACGGGUGUGCAGAAAUGGAAAACUGGUUAAGAAAAAUGGAGCGUAUUAUCGACCAGGACGACUUCGAAAACGAAGAAAUUGAGAAAUGUUUCCAGACAUAUAUGACUGAUAUAGCAGCACAUGGAACUAUGAUAGAGAACCUCAAAACUUUGGCCGAAACACUAGAGACAGAGAAAUCUGAUCAAGCACAAACUGUGAAAAUUCUGCUUGAGGACGUUAAUCGCAGAUGGCAGCACCUUAAUGAACUGACGAAUUUAAAAGCAAGGAACCUGAAGGGAUUCACAAGUGUCCUCCUUGCUCAUCGCAUGUGCGACGAAGCGAAUGCUUGGCUAAGCGAAAGAUCUAAAGCAGAAAUUGAAGUCGGUGCGAAAGAUGUCACAAGUUUCGCUACAUUACGUAGAAAGCAAGAAGCAAUUGAAAGAGAACUUGCACCAGGUGAGGAAAGAGUCAAGCAAGCACUUAUUCUUUCAGAAAAUGUUGCAAAGUCGUACCCUGAGAAGAAGAGUUCAAUAGAAAAAAAGAUGCAAUCUCUAAAGGAUCAAUGGCAAUCGUAUCAGAAAAUAAUCAACAUUCGAAAAGAAAAACUUGAAGAGGCAGCAGGAUUGCAAAUUUUUAAGACAAGUGCCGAAUCAUUGAUAGAAUGGGCAAACUUGAUGUCUAGGAAACUCAACGUAUGGGAAAAGAUAAGUGACAUCAGAGUAGCUGAAAGCGUGACUAAGGAUCACAAAGAUUUAGCAGACCAAAUUGCUGUCCAGAAUGACAGUUUUGAGGAGACCGAGCAGCUGGGUUUGAAGAUGCUAAAGAAGUAUGAUGAAGUAAGACCACUUCUCGAUCAACUUGUCGAAGCCAAAGACACAGUAAAUAACUUGUGGCAAGAGAAGGACGCAUGGAUCCGAGAAAAUAUGGAUCUUCAAAUAUUUAACAGAGAAGCUGAUCAUUUGCAACGUUUAUGUGCGGGUCACGACAAAUUACUGGACUCUGCGGAAUUAGGUGAUACUCUGGGUGAUGUCGAAAGUUGGAUGAGGCAUCAUGAAGCUUUCAGUGAUAAACUUAAAUCUCAAGAAAACAGAUUUAACGCUUUCAAUCUGUUAACUGAAAAACUUAUUGAAUCUGGGCACUCUGAGAAGGAUUAUAUGCAGAUGAGAUGCGAGCAACUGAACCAAUAUCGUCAGGCUAUAAAAGAUAAAGCUGAGAAGCGUAAAUCUCUUCUUCUUGAUGCAUUUCAGUUCCAAGUGCUCAAAGCAGAUGCUCAAGUGAUGUCAGUAUGGAUUUCUGAAAAACAGAAGCUUGCAAAUGAUUUGGUGAAAAAAGACUUAACAGCAAACUUGCCAUACAGAAUGAAACGCCAACAGACCUUUGAAGCUGAAAUGGCAGCCAACAAAGACAGGUUGCAAGAUAUUUGGGAGAGAGGACAAUACAUCAUCGAAAAUUCCAGAUGCAACAGUGAAGAAACAGCAUCUAUGUUGGAGGAGGUUAGCGAAGCAUGGAAUUCAUUAAUAGAUAAGCUAGAAGAAAAUCGAAAGAUUUUGAACCAAACAAAGAGUCUGAAAGACUUCUGUCAAUCUGUGGAAAUUGUAUUAAAGAAACUGGAGGAAAUUAAAAGGUCAGCGGUUUCGUCUAACUUUGGAAAGGAUCUACGAAGUGUUAGCCGGCAACUUAAGGAACUAGAAGAUUUAGAAAUUGAAAAUGAGAAACUAAAAUCAAAAAUUUCAAACCUCAUUCAAGAGGGGAACAAGCUGAUAGAGGAUGAAAACUUUGAAGGAGGAGCUGUGCGGAGUUUGAUUACAGAUAUACAACAAAAGGCGGAUGCGGCAGAGCUACCCCUUCAAGAAAGGAGAGAAAAACUGGAAAUGAUUUUAAAAGUCCACCAGUUCAAAUCUGACGUAGAUCGUGAAUUGUUGUGGAUUUCGGAAAAAAUGGUACCACUAUCUACGGAUGUGACUUGCAAUAGUCUAUCUGAUGCACAAAAGCACCAGAAAAAAUUAGAAAACUUGGAAGUGGCGAUUGAAGGGCAUAAACCUGUCAUUCGCAGUCUUUUAGAGAAUGUGCCUGACGCUGCACCUAAGGAAAUAUGUCCAGUCGAUGUUUCUGAAUUAUCUUACAAAAUGGAAAAACAAUGGAAUCACUUAAUAGAAACAUUUGAAGUUAAAAAAGAAAGGGCGGCUUCUAUCUUAAGAGUGCAGAUGUUUUAUGCCGAAGCCACGGAGAUUGAUUCAUGGAUAUUAGAAAAAAUCCAUUUAUUGAGCAAUACCGAAUAUGGUAAAGAUGAAGAUGCUGUGAUAAAGCUUCUCACAAAACAUAAGGAUCUGGAACUUGAAAUCGAUUCCUACAAAGGCCUGGUAAAUGAACUAUCAAAUCAAGCAGAAACUCUAAUAGAAGCAAAUCACCCAGAAUCUAAAAUUGUCAAGAACAGGAUGGAAGUGAUUGGACAAGAGAUGAAAAACGUCCAGAAACUGUGCUCUGUUAGAAGGCAAAAAUUAGUAGAAUCUAAAACUAAGCACGAGUUCAACAAAGAAACGGAAGAACUGAAAUCUUGGAUCGCAGAGCAAAUGGCAGAAGCAACAUCAGAAGAAUACGGAGAAGAUUAUGAACAUGUUUUGUUGCUGAAUCAAAAUUUCGAAUUCUUUCGCAUCAGAAUAGAAAAAGGUUCUAAACGCAUCCUUCAGUACGAAGAAUUCGCUAAAAGUCUCAUAAAUAGUAACUGUUACUUCGCCGAAGACGUCAAAUCUAGUUUGGAAUAUUUGAGUGGCCGUUGGUCGGACCUUGUAGAAAGUAUUGAAGCCCGAGCUUUCAAAUUAGAGGCAGCUUCUGAAAUUCAUCGUUAUCAUCGAGAUGUGACGGACAUUUUAUCACGUAUUCAUUAUUACUAUCGUGGAAUGCCUGAAGACUUAGGCAACAAUCUCGUUCACGUUCAAGAUUUAAUAAAAAUGCAUGAUAAGAUCGAGAAUGAACUUUUAGGUGUAGAAGCUCAAGUUCACUUGCUGCUCAAAGACAGUCAGCGUUUACAAGAUGCAUACCCUGGUGGCAAUGAGGAGCACAUCCAGAUGCAACUUGCCUUAGUCAUUGAAGACUGGAAUUUACUGCAACAAAAAGUAGCUUCACGGAAAACACAGCUUUUGUUGUCUCAGCGCAUUCACAAAUUUCUCUCUUCUGUUCGAGAAGAGGAAAGCUGGGCAAAAGAUAUCUGCUUUGAUUUGGAGUCUGAAGUCACGUCAAGAGAUGUGCAGCAAAUGGAAAAUGCCCACAAAAUUCUCGGAGCCGAUAUUGAGGCUAGGCUUAGUCGUUUCCAGCCACUGCAUGAAGAAGGACAAUCACUUCUUGCUUUCGAUAUUUUCCAUUCUCAGGUAAAAGAAAAACUGAAAUCCUUGUCUGACAUAGAGAAAAAAUUACAAGAAGCUUGGAGAAAACGAUCAGUGUUUGUUGAACAAAAGAAGAAGAUAUCCUUAUUCUUCCUUGAAGCCAAACAAAUUCAAGCAUCCUACGCUAAGAAAGAAAUACAACUUUGUGGAAAUGAAACAAAAGAAAUUGUUGAAGAUAUCAAAAACGCUCUAAAAAAACACCAAGAAUUUCAGAAAGCAAUGGAUAUUCAGGAAGAAAAGUUUACUACCUGGAAGAAGGAAGGAGAGCAUCUUAUUAAGCAAAGGGUGGAAGAAUCUCCGAAAAUUCAGGAAAAAAUUGAUGAGCUGUCAGCCAGGAGAAAACGUCUGUUGGACUUCAGUUCAGAACGAACCAAAACACUAAGAGAUACUCUAAUGUGCGCGCAGUUCAAAAGAGACACAUUAGAGGCAGAAUCUUGGGUGCAAGAAAAGAAGAACAAGUUAAGACUGCUCCUUAAAGGUUAUGAAAGACUGAAGGAUGAGGAAAAAAUUAAAUGUUUGCAGAAGCAGCAAGCGGUUCAUGCCGAACUAGAAGCUCACGAAUCCUUCAUGAAUGAUCUCAUUGAACAAAGCAGGAAUGUAGUUGUUGGACAAGAAAUUAAACUAAGGUUCGAGCUUAUAGUGGAAAAUUGGAAAGAAAUGAAAAAGACUGCAGAGAGCAUAAGAAACGAUCUGUUGGAAGCUCGUGAUAGCCUCCGUAUACAUGAAUACUUCGAAAAAGUUGAAAAGUGGAUAAAAGAAAAAGAACUUAUGAUCCAAGCAAAUGAUACUGGGAAAGAUUAUGAACAUUGCAUUGCACUUCAAACAAAACUAGACGAUUUAAAUACUGAGGCAAAAGUGGACGAAACCUUAAUGAAAGAAAUGAGAAAUCUCGCCAUAAAGCUUUCAAGAAAAGAGGAUCAGAAAGGAAUAUAUAUUCGAUACGAAAGAAUUGAGGAAAGGUGGGAGCAACUGAAACACGAGAUGAGGGAUUACAGAAAAAAAUUAGAAAAUGCACUUUGCGUACACGCGUUCAUUAAGGAUGUAGAUGAUACGAUCGAAUGGAUAAGAGAAAAAACGCUGAUACUAUCUACUAGAGAAGAAACCAAAGAAUUAAAAGUAGUGGAAGACAUGAAGCGAAAACUGGAUCGAAUGACGCAAGAUCUGACUGCUCUGGAGGAUAAGAUAAAACAACACGAUUUAGAAGCAAGAUCAUUAGCACAAAGACAUGAGCUAUCUGCUGCAAGAAUAGAAAAGAAGAUGAGCCAGGCUCAAAAUGAAUGGUCAUCACUUAAAGAAGAAUUAAGAGCAAAGAAGGAAUACGCAGAUUCUGCAUACACCAGUUUAAAAUUUGCGAAAGAAGUGAAUGAUUUUGGAACAAUUGUGACGGAAAUGAUUGAAGAACUUGAAUUUGGAAAAUUACCCUCAAACAGUUCAGAUGCUCAAAGCCUUUUACGUGCUCAUAAUGAUCUCAAACCACAAAUUAUCACCCGCCAAGAAGAAAUAAAAGAUCUGCAAGCAACUGGAAAUCGUAUUAAGAAUCACUCGGAGAUAUCUGCUAAACUAAUAGAAAGCAGCCUAAAGAAUUUACAAGACAUGAGUAACAAUCUUGAAACUGCAUGGCAAACACGAUUCAAAGUACUUUCUCAGAACCGUGACAUUCAGAUUUUCCUGGAGAAAGCUAAACAAUUUGAAAACUGGCUGUUAUCAAAAGAAGCUUUUCUUGCAAACCAAGAUAUUGGUGAUUCCAUGUCAAGCGUUAUGGCUCUCAUUCGGAAACAUGAAAAUUUCGAAGAGAGUUGCUUUGCAAAUUUUGAGAAAAUCAAUGAAAUCGAGGCAAUGGCUAGAGAUCUUGAAGACCACGAAGAUAACGAAAUUAUUCAAUCUCGUUUUCAAGCAAUUUGCCAAAGAAAAGAGGCUUUGCAGGAAGCAUGCACACGUCGUAGAAAUAUACUUCAGGAUGCAAAGUCUCUUCAGCAAUUGCUUUUAGAUAUAUACGAGAUCUCCCACUGGAUGAGUGAAAAAAUCCUGCAAGUUGAAUCCGACGAAUCCUAUCGUGACUUAAGUAAUCUCCUGAGCAAAUGUCAGAAACAUUCUGCGUUCGAAGCGGAAAUAUUAGCCAAUCACGUCCGCGUUGUAGAUGUUCUACAACAAGCACAAGAUCUCAUAGAAGCAGAUCACUUUGCAUCCGAUGAAAUCCGAAAGCACAGUCAUGAUUUGGAGCAGAUGUGGGAAAAACUGUUAGAUGCCACAAACAGCCGAAAAGAAUGUUUGAACGAUGCGAACAACGCUCUGCAGUUCAAUCACAAACUAGAAGAUGUCAAUCUAUGGUUGCAAGAAGCUGAAACGUUUAUUGUAUUUGAAGAUUAUGAUUCGAAUGCAGUUGCUCUACAGCAAAGCAUAAAUAAGCAACAGGAGCUGUCAAAAGAAAUUGAAGAAUAUGACGAAACUCUAAGGUUACUGAAUGAUUAUGCUGAAGAUUUCAAACAGUCCAAUAAUUUUUCAAAGGAUGAGAUGAUUUCUAAUUAUCAAGCAACUUUGCAAAGGUUACGAACAGUGGAAUAUGCUUUGCAAGAAAAAGGAACCAAACUCUGCGAUUUACUUUUGUUGACGGAACUAGAAAACGACAUCAGUGAUGAGUUAGCUUGGAUAGAAGAAAAUAAAGCAGUCUGUGACGAUAAUAACUACGUCAAUGAUGUCAUUUCAGUUAAGACUCUUUUAAAAAAUCUAGAGGCAUUAGAAACGGAAAUUUCAUCACGAGAAAGACUAGUUUCUUCGGUAGUAGAGAGGGGAAGACGAUUUAACAGCCCAACAGCAGAAGCUAAAGUUGCACAUCUCGAAGAUCGUUUCAAAGAUUUGAAAGAUGCCAUCAGUUUGCGGCGUCUUAGACUCACAGACGCUUUGCAGUCAGAAACGUAUUAUUUUGAAGCGAAACAAGCAGAAAUGUGGAUAAAAGAAAAAAUCGCUCAAGUUACUGGAUACGAUAUUGAACGCGACAUUUAUUCAGUGCAAGCUGUUCAAAAGAAGUUAAGGGCUGUCGAAGCAGCUACCGUUGGCUUCAAGCAAACCGUAGAGUCCUUGCAGAAACUCAGUUCAAGUAUGAUUGAAAGAGGUCAUUUUGAUAGCGAAAACCUACGAAUCAAGCAGGAAGAAUUAAAUGAUAAUUACGAACGUCUGCAGCAAGAUAUUCUCAAAAGAUCUGCCAUUUUAAGGGAAAAAGAAGACUACUUUUUAUUUGAGAGGGAUAUUAAAGAUGUAAUAUCUCAACUAAAAGCUAUGUCGGUGUAUCUUAGUUUAGAUGACCAUGGAAGAGAUGUGGAACAUGUAGAGUCUUUACUUCAAAAGCUCGACAUUUUCCGAAACAGACUACGAGGACAUGAAAAUAACGUUCAUCAGCUCCAACAGCAAGCGCAGACCUUAAUAGACGAAGGCCAUACAGAAUCUCAAAACGUCAAAGAACUUUUACAAGAGCUUGAGGAAAUAUGGCAGCAGUGCAAUGAUUCCACAGAAGCUCGGUAUAAAGAUCUGGAGGCGGCAAAACUAAUUCAUGCUUUCAACAAAAGCGUAGACGAAACUGUUAGUUGGAUUUAUGAGAAGGACGUUGUACUGUCAUCCGAAAAUUAUGGGCAUGAUCUAGAAAGCAUUAAGACUUUACUCAGGCAUCACGACACCUUAGAAGGAGAUCUGAAAGCAAUUGACGAACAAGUAAGAGCCUUAGAAGGAGAAGUUGGCAAUUUAACAUCACAGUUCCCAGAUUCUGAGGAACAAAUUAGAGAAAAAUAUAAAGUUGUCAAAGAUGCUUGGAGGAAGUGCUCUGAAAAAGCAACUAUAAGAAAAGACAAAUUGUUACAAGCUGAGCAACUUCAAUCGUAUUUCGACGAAGCGAGAGAAUUUCACGCUUGGAUUUAUGAAAUGUCUGCCCUUAUUACAAGCAAUGAAAUACCUCAAGAUGUAGCAGCUUGUGAAGCACUAAUAGCACAGCACGAAGGAUAUAAAUCAGAAAUUGAUGCUCGAACACGUUCCUUUAAGAACUUCGAAGAAAAAGGACAAGAAAUAAUUGCGAGCGGUCAUUUUAUGUCUCGUGAUAUUCAAUUGAAAAUCGACGCUCUUGCUUCAUCGAUGAAAGACCUUCUAGAACUAUGGGAAGGAAGACGAUUAACGUACGAACAAAAUCUUGAUUUACAGCUCUUUAAGGAAAAACUGAAAGAGUUAGAAUCAUGGUUACAAAGCCAAGAACAUAAUCUAACAGAGGAUGUUGGUCAAUCUAUUGAAGAAGUUGAAUAUCUACUUCUUAAGCAUGAACAAUUCGAAAAGAAAUUAAAUAUUUAUGAAGCCAAAUUUCAAGAGCUUGUGGAAACGACUAAGCUUGAGGAAAAUGUUUAUCGUAAACGGCAAGAAGAUGAACGAAAAAAAUCUGAAACUCAGAAACUGAUUGAAGAACAAAAAAUGCAAGAUUUGAGGCGUAAAGAAGAAGAAAGAUUGUUAGAGGAAAGAGAAAGAGAGCGCACAGAAACCCAAGUAACACAAAAAGGCGAGUCUGAUGAUGAUUACUUACGUCUAGAAUCACUGCCAUCAGAUGACUAUGUUUUCAAACCAAUGGGCAGUAAAAGAUUCCCCAAAACUUCACCUUCCGAGACUACAAAAGUAUCGACUCCUGUUAUUAAAAGAAAUAGGUCCAUUCUCUCACAAAAACUCUCAGUGCCGCCUACAACCGCAGAAGGCUUCUUGGAUCGCAAGAAAGAGUUUAGUGCCGGAGGGAAACGCUCCACUUCCAGGAAAUGGAAAACAUAUUACACUGUACUUUGUGGACAGCUUUUGUGUUUCUUUAAGAACAAAAAAUCCUUUAUAGAGAACAAUACUGCUGAACCGCCAGUUAACAUUAUAAACUCUGCAUGUACUAUACCAAGUGAUUACCACAAAAAGAAAUAUGUUUUCCGGCUAGAAUUAUUAGAUGACUCUGUAUUUUUAUUUGAGGCUCCUAGUGCUAUAAAGAGGGACGAAUGGAUAAAAAAGAUCUCAUUCACAGCUUCCCUUUCCCCCAGUAAACAACUUAUGAUGCCUGCAGAAGAGGGUAUUUAUGACGAAACUGCGGUCUAUGACAAAGUUCCUCACGUAGAGUAUGACGAAGCAACUCGGUAUCCGGACAAUGAUCCUCAAUCAAACCGAUCAUCUCUUUCCCAGUCUAGCUACGUGACAG